CCACGAAUAGCUUAUUGCAUAUAUCACGCUUGAACAGCAUUGUAGCAUGUAUCCAAGCCCCCAUCCCAAUAGUUCCCGCUUCCGGUUCCUGAGAUUGAUGCAGCUUGAGUGGCAUAUCCCAGUAGAUGUUAUCAGCCAUGGCAGACCCAUGAACUUCCAUUACUGCUUAUCAUUCUGACCGCCGCUCACGAGCUGUGUAGAUGCCUUCCCACCGACAUACCCGGAUCCACGCUGGCAGCCGCCACACGGCCCGGGGAUGCUGUGGAGGGCGACUUCAAAAGCUACAGGAACAGCGGAGGGAGCAAGGCCCAGCACACCUUUGGCUUUCGAUGCAGUCAGCAUAUCGUGCUACUCUCACUCCAAACCGCGUACGCUACGCCGCCCUCUUCUUCCCUGCGGCGGGCAUAUCGAACCAGUACUUCCACCGGUAUUGGCUGCAUGAACAUGGGAAGCAGUUCAUGUCGUUAGACGUUGCCAAGAAGAACCUGACAAAAUACGAGCAGGUAUGGCGUAGCUCGUCUUCGUUUAUUUAGCUAGUUUAAUCGCUGCUUGUAUCAGUUUCACUUUGACAACCAGCUCGGCGAGAAGUUUGCCACGGCGAUGGGUGCCUCAACGGGUGGCACUGCGUUCUGGGGUAUGGCCACCUUCGAAGCAGAGUCGUGGGAUAAAAUCUUAGAGGUGUUCUCGCACCCGGAAUACGAGCGCGUCGUCUUCCCCGACGAGCGGCGCAUAAUUGACCGUGCCAGGACGCAGGUGUUUGCGGGGGAGUUCGCGACUAUGCUGGACAGGGGCGUGCAGUCAAAGACCUAGGCGAGCCCUGUGCUGGCCGACUUACUUCCGGUGCAUGUAUUGACCAUUAUCGUGGAUAUUGUCGAUGUCAAGCUUUAAUGCUACCGCGACAGGACAGAUACCACAUGAUUUGCUUCCCUUUGUAACUCUGUUCUUACCUCGUUCCCAGUUUACACUAUCAAUGUCUCUACGUAUAGCGCUUUUCCCUCCGCAGAUCCCAUGCUAGCGGCUUCGGCCUGUGCAAUGCUGCAUGCGACCCGGGUUACGUCAUUGUGUGAAGCCUUCAAUCCACGCAAGAAGCUCCCGAACCACCUCGUCCGGAUGUGUGAAGAGCACCCAGUGAUCACUGUCAAACUCCUUACAGGUGACGCGAUGAUUCUUCAUCGCCUCGGACCGCAUGGUUGCAUAGAGAAAUACAGGUAGGCAAAUAUAGUCGUUCGUCGGCGUUCCGCAGAAGAUAGGAGCCUCGAUAGGUGGAAAGGCAACCUCAGGAGAGAUUUCUAC